CUAGACCAAUCAACGUGAGGAAGGAAGCUCGGCUGAUCAUGGGCCCAUACCUCUCCGUAGAAAAGGGUGUCUGGUCUUGGGUUGAAGUUCGCUGGUUGCAGGUUGCUAACAAGCUGAAGUCGACUGCAAGAGUGCCUAAACCGGGGCAAGGAAACCAACUCCACUCUAAUAUUCUCCUGCUGCAAAACUGAAACUGUGUAUUAGUAGCCCUUUCCCAUCCAACCACUGCCAACUACUACCAGAUACCAUCUACUCUCAGUUUCUGAAGAAGAGUUGAUUGCAAACAAGACUAUAGUUUGAUCCAUAAUGGAACAAGCAGUUGGUGGUGAGUCAAAGAGAAGCCAGGUCACAGGGACACAUUUGACAAAAGCUAAGAAGUGCACGGUGAUUGGAGGCUCUGGGUUCCUGGGGCAGCACAUGGUGGAGCAGUUGCUGGCACGAGGCUAUGCUGUCAAUGUAUUUGAUAUUCGCCAAGGGUUUGAUAAUCCACAGGUGCAGUUCUUUAUAGGUGAUCUCUGCAGCCAACAGGACCUGUACCCAGCUCUGAAAGGUGUAAGCACAGUUUUCCACUGUGCAUCACCACCACCAUCCAGUAACAACAAGGAACUCUUUUAUAGAGUGAAUUUCAUUGGCACCAAGAAUGUCAUUGAAACCUGCAAAAAGGCUGGGGUUCAGGUAAGGGGAAUGGGGAAGAUGCUUUCUUUUUCAGAGGGAAGGGAUUUGGAGUGGUUCCUGUUACUGUCUUCCUGGGCUUAUCCAGGGUUGGCUCUUUCAUGUUGA